AUGAAGUUUCUCCCCCUUCUCGCUGCCCUCACCGCAGCCAGCACGGACGCCCAAUCCCCCAUCAACAACAACCCCGACCCAAUAACCACUCCUUCACCCACGCCCACAGCCGACGCAGCAGGAAUACUAGGCUGGUACACAUUCCAAGGAAAAUGGUUCACAUCCGCAUGCCUCCCCGGCGCGUCAUACAGCACGCUCUCCUCCUUCGCGAACUGUCACAAGGGAAGCGCCUUCCCGACAGCCUGCCGCUCCAACAGUAUCAUGUACAAUGACGGCUCGCACUUGAACUGUGAUCUUGAUAGGUGUGAGACGGCGACGGUGUAUGAGUCACGUGGGGGGAGGGCGAGUUCUGCGGUUUUGUGUUAUGCUACUGCUGCGUUUAGGGAGGAGCCAAGGACGUUUUAUAGGACUACGUUUGCUUUGUCUGAGCCUACGGGGACGGAGAGCGUUUCGAAGACUGAGACUUCUACUUCGGGGAGUGGUUCGUCUGUUACUACUCCGACGGGAUCUCCUACCACUUCGAAUGCGGGUACGACCUCGAAUGGAUCUCCUACUACCUCCACUGGAUCGGGUACGACUUCGGCUGCUGCGACGCCUACGGUUGUGUUGCAUGGGGGGAGGGCUGUGUUUUGGGCGGGCGUUACGACGGUUGUUAUGAUGGCCUUUGGGGCGGUUAUGUUUAUUUAG